AUGCUUCGUCAACGUCUUUUGUCGACUGAUGUAUUACCAUUAGAUUCAGUUCGUAAUAUACGACCAACUCGACGAUUAAAAUCAAAUCGUGUUAAUGUAUCAACACAAACAUUAGAGAUGGAUAUUACAAACAAAGAAGAUGUUCAUAUGAAACUAGAUUAUUCCCGACAAUGUUAUAUACCAAUAACAAUGUUUGCUCCUCAUAUUCGUCUUCAAUCCAUAUUACCUAUCUUUCCUGAAAUGAAUGAGUUCAAUGAAUUUUAUCCUCUUUUAACAAAUAUACCAAGUAUAUUUUUUU